UGCGCGCGUUCCUCCGCUCCUUUGCCCUUCCGUCGGUCAACACGUCCGCCCGUCAACACAUUCGCCAGUCUGUGGAGGCGGGGAUUGAGUGUCUGCCGGACCGCGCCUCAUUUUCUGCCGUAGGUGCGACUGAGCAGGCGCUCGCGGAAACUUUUCGUUCUUUGGGAACGGAGUUACCAAGACGAGUUCGCAGAGUUCUGCAGAAGGGGCCCAGAGACCUAAGUAGGUGAACGUGCGCCCUUAGUUAAAUACGCCUACAGUUCGGUCUGGACGCGAGAGAAUACACUUUCCACCCACUUCGUAGGUGCUGCUCUCUCUUAAGAGGAAAAAGGAAGAAAGAGGAAGUUCGAGGCCUCGGUUCCGCUAGGCUCCGGCAAUGGCGAAGGGGGCGGCUGGCCGCGUGCGGUGGGGCUCCGUGUGGCUGCUCCGCGUUCUGAUGUCAGUGUUGGAGCUGGAGCACUUUCAGCUAAUAGCAGGUUUACUGCAAGUGGAGAUGGCGGGGAGGACUCAGAUGGUUUUCUUGAAUGAAAAUGUGACUAUCUCUUGCAAGAUCCCUGAUUCCCCACACCUGGACAUCAACAGUAUAGGUAUCACCUGGUUUCAAAAGACUGGAACUUCUGAAACUGACACCAAACUGUUUGAGUAUUUUGGAAACCACAGAGAGGCAUCCCAACGUGGAGCCAGUGUGUCUCUACGGAGUCUGCAGAGGGGAGAUGCCUCAUUGCAGCUGCCUGGUGUCCAGCUGGAAGAUGCAGGGGAGUACCGCUGUGAGCUGGUGGUUACUCCUCAGAAGGCACAGGGGACUGUCACGCUGAAGGUUGUAGCUCCACCAGUCAGCAGCUUGUCUGAACAAGUCAUGAUGAAAGAUAACGAGGACAAACAUAUUUUCUGUACAUCAAGUGGGUUCUACCCAAAGCAUAUUAACAUCACGUGGAAAAAGUGGACCCAGAAGGAUCCCCAGUUCCGGGAGUUUUCUAAGAACAUCACCACUGACCGCAUAGUCGAGAAUGAGGAUGGUACAUUUAAUAUCACUAGCCACCUGAGGCUGAAGCCAUCUCUGGAAGACAAUGGGACCAUCUAUCAGUGUGUGGUAUGGCAUGUAUCCUUGCCCACAAUCCAGAGUUUCGACUUCCACUUGAUACUACAUCCAGAAUCUGAGAAGAAAACUCACUGGUUCUAUAUUGGAAUGAGCAUAUUAAUUGGACUGAUCAUUAUUGGACUGAUCUUAAGAAAAAGAUUAUAUCUUUUUCUUAAGGAAAGGUCAGCAAAAUGCUGGAAAUGCUGCCUGCUGGAGGAUGAGGAGAGAGGGUCUGCGCUCAGUGUUGUCCAACUCUCCAUGACACUACGGCCUGUAGUCCACCAGGCCCUUCUGUCCAUGAAAUUUUCCAAGCAAGAACACUGGAAUGGGUUGCCGUUUCCUUCUCCAGGGGCUCUUCCCAGCCCAGAGAUCGAACCCAAGUCUCCUGCAUUCCAGGCAGAUUCUUUACUGCUUGAGCCAUUGGGGAAGCUGGAGGAUGAGAGACACUGUAAUCAGAGACUUCUGGAGGAUGAGACCUCGAAGCUGGAACUGGAUCAGAUGACCGCUUCCUCAGUGCAUCAACAAAUCUAGCUAAGACCCAGAGGGAUGGGAUGGGGAGGGAGGUGGGAGGGGGGUUCAGGAUGGGGAACACAUGUAAACCCAUGGCUGAUUCAUGUCAAUGUAUGGCAAAAACCACUACAGUAUUGUAAAGUAAUUAGCCUCCAACUAAUAAAAAUAAUAGGGGAAAAAAAAAAGCAAAAAAAAAAUUCUGGCUAAGAUCAUCAGUACCAACAGAACUGACUCUUGAGUGCAUGAGACUUAUUUUUCAAAGCCACUUGAAAAAUAAAGCAGUAGAGUGGCUUGUCACACAGUGAAAGCUGACUGAUACAGCUCUUCUGGAAGCUGGAUUUUGACCCAAAAGUGUGAUUGCCAUGGAGAUGUGCUGCUGAGACCCCCUCCAAGAGAGCCUGCUACGAAGAGCCUACUUAGCCACCAUGUUCCAGCUAUGGCAUCUCAGGUAUCUGCUGUAGUUUUCAGGCUUACUUGAAAGCUAAUGUCAUGCUAUCCCUCACUUAUCCCUUCUUCCUCCCUUCACAGAUAGCAGACCUGUGUCAAAGUUUCAGUCAGAACUGUACUUACUUCCCUCUGAUUUACCCUGUAUGUAUUUCUAUUCUCCAAUAACAAUGGCAUAGUGACAAAAACUGGAAUUGAUCAAGGGAAGUAAGAGUACAUAGAAGCAGGGUUAUGUAAUGAAUUGUGUAGUUGCAUAUGCACUUUGUAUCACUGCUUCAAUUAUUGGCAUCAAUGCCUGGAAGGACCUAAGGACAGGGGAAAGACAAGUUUACACUCCUGUACCCAAGUUGGCCAGUUUAGGUGACCUGCCUUUCAUAUCACUCCAGAGUGGAAAUAGAGUAGGGUGUAGGUAGAUGAAGGUAUACAAUGCCCCAAGCCAGGUGGACCUGGCAGAGAGGAUGCCAAUUGUAGGGAAAGAGCAAUCGGUGGUGGCAGGAGUCAGGCUCUCUCUUGUUCUACAGCCUCUCGCUCUUGCCCUGUGUUUGGUAAAUAAUGAUUAUGUAAGAGCUGAGAUCACUUACAGCACUGUGCAUGCAUGUCAUGAGGUACUUCUUGGCCACAGGCUGCUUUUGUUCUGUAAGUAUAUAUAAGCUCUGCCUGAAAAGCCCUGGAGGCUGCAUUAAGGCUACAUUAUGGCUAUGUUAAAGUUAUGUUAUGGCUGCUGCUAUGGGUGCUGUGCCAGUCAGGAGAGAAUAAAUGUGUCUGCAGUUCCUAUA